UGUAUCAAUUCUUUUAUGCGCAGGUCUUGUGAUAACAAUGUUGGGCUGAAUUCACGGGAACUUUUAUCGCGCAAGAGCGGCGCCUACGAGUACGAGACGCUCUUUGAAGUCCUGGAUAACAUCGAGCCUCCCACUCGUCCCACUGACAAGCCUCUUCGACUUCCCCUCCAGGAUGUUUACAAGAUUGGCGGUAUUGGAACGGUGCCCGUUGGUCGUGUGGAAACCGGCAAGAUCAAACCCGGUAUGGUGGUGGCUUUUGCUCCCAACGGACCCGUGACUGAAGUAAAGUCUGUCGAGAUGCACCACGAAGCUCUCCUUGAAGCCAAUCCUGGUGACAACGUUGGAUUCAACGUAAAGAACGUGUCCGUGAAGGAUCUGAAGCGUGGCUUCGUCACUUCGGACUCGAAGAACGACCCCGCCAAGGAGGCUGCUGAUUUCCUUGCGCAAGUUAUCGUUCUUAACCACCCUGGUCAGAUCCAGGCUGGAUAUUCUCCAGUGCUGGAUUGUCACACCGCUCACAUUGCGUGCAAAUUCGCUGAGCUCGUGACCAAGAUCGACAGGCGUACCGGUAAGGAGCUUGAGGCUAACCCUAAGAACGUGAAAUCUGGGGACUCGUGCAUGGUGAAGAUGGUUCCCAGCAAGCCCAUGUGUGUCGAAUCAUUCCAACAAUACUCUGCCCUCGGUCGCUUCGCCGUGCGCGACAUGAAGCAGACUGUCGCCGUCGGUGUCAUCAAGGAUGUCACUAAGAAAGAGGCUGGCGCCAAGACCACUAAAUCUGCCGAAAAGGCCCUGAAGAAGAAGUAACGGUUCAAGGACUUCAUAGUCCGAAAACUGUCGCGUUCUAUUUUUAUAAAGUGGUAUUCUGUUUUCGCAGUACAGUGGAAGCGUAGAA